AUUUCACUCAUUUUCUCCUGCCUGCGCUUUGGGAUCUUUUUUUUUUCGGGGCUUCAUUUUAUUUAACUUCUGGAACGCGUUCCCUUUGGGUAGAUCCACCAACACGUUCUUUUUUUCUUCUCGCUGAUCUACCUGAUUACCCAUUAAAUUUUCUUUCCCUUCUUCCAUUGACAGGUCUCUUUUCCCAGAAAAAAAAAAGAGAAGCAUACGGCAAAAACCUAGCUUGGAUCCUUUUUCAGUACACGACAUUUUGCGUUUCUUUGCACUGAAUUCUCUUGUUCCUUGAUCUGUGUGCUACGACCGACGAUGAGUACGUCUGUUGCUACCAGUUAUUCCAUAUCGCCCAUUAACAUGGCACCUGGCUAUUUUAAUAAAGAGAAGCUCAACAGUCUCAUAAAGCGAGCAAAAUCACUUCAACAUCAAGGUGCAAAUGAAGAAAACUGUGUCGAAUUCGGAGAGAUUAUGCACUUCUUGCGCAAUGUUCAAGCUCACCCGUCUACAAAGUCAACAUCCUUGUCGAUCGAUUCAGCAACCGACCAUCAAACCAUGUCACUGGACGACCCAGAUGCAGAUGCACCUGCAACUACAUCAUUGACAAGCGAUCAGCAACGAUUACUUAUUCAACAAAUGACGGCCUAUCGACUCAUCUCAAAAAACAUGCCAUUGCCAACUACGUUGCAACAGAUGUUGCUUCAGGGACCCUCCUCACGACAAGCAGAGACGACACCGACAGCGUCAGCGAGUUCUUCUGACAAGGGUCAUGCUUCAUUAUCCGCAAUCGAUCCGUCCACGGUGUCAACUUUAUCGCACGCUCCGCUUUACAGUUUAUCAAAAGAUGCGACUUUGGCGGACGCUUCUCCUUUGCCUUCACCGCAAUUCCCAUUUCCUUUAGAUUUGGACACAGAAACGCUCCUCUCGGAGCGAGAUCGUCAAUUACAAGCGCGUGUGCAGUAUCGCAUCAACGAAUUGGAGAAACUUCCCAGUAAUUUGUUGGACGAUCGAACUCAACGCAUGCUUGGCCCAGACGAGGAUUUUAGCAAUGACUUUGCUCCCCUAUCUACCAUCAAGUCCAAAGCUAUUAUUGAAUUGAAAGCACUAAGAUUGCUUAACAAGCAGAAAAAGCUUCGGGAAGAAAUUAUGCGUGGAAUGAAUGCUUCCACCAUGCUGGAUACAUCGGUGGAUCGGCUGGCCUACCGACGCAUGAAGAAGCAAACACUGCGUGAGGCACGCAUGACCGAGAAAAUCGAACGACAACAACGUCUUGAUCGAGAAUACCGCGAAAAACAGAAACAUUUGGAUUACUUGCAAACCAUCUGUGACCAUGGUCGAGAGUUGAUCCGUGUCCAAGAGACAUGGCGAACGAAACAAUCCAAACUGGGACGCGCGGUACAGCAGUUCCAUCAACACAUUGAAAAGGAGGAACAAAAGAAAUCGGAAAGGAUCUCCAAAGAGCGUAUUCUCGCGUUGAAGAUGGAUGAUGAAGAAGCGUACAUGAAGCUGAUUGAUGAAGCAAAGGACACCCGGUUGACCCAAUUGUUGAAACAAACCGGAUCCUUCUUGGAAUCCUUGACAGAAGCCGUCGUUGUGCAACAAAAUGAGGCACGGUACGCAAGAGAUGAAUUUGAACCUAUCUCGGACGAAGACAUUGAAGAAACUGAUGCAAGAUCCAAGACCGAUUACUUCCAAGUGACCCAUCGUAUCAAGGAACAAGUCUCUCAACCCAGUAUCCUGGUCGGCGGCAAACUGAAAGAUUAUCAGGUCAAAGGUCUCCAGUGGAUGGUAUCCCUGUAUAACAAUCAUUUGAAUGGCAUUUUGGCCGAUGAAAUGGGUCUGGGAAAAACGAUCCAGACCAUCAGUCUGAUUACCUAUCUCAUUGAGAAGAAGAAGCAGAAUGGCCCCUACUUGAUCAUUGUUCCGCUGUCUACAUUGACCAACUGGACACUUGAAUUUGAAAAAUGGGCUCCGUCGGUGAGCAAGAUUGUGUACAAGGGAACGCCGACGGUCCGAAAAGGUCUGCAAUACGAUAUUCGCUACGGCAACUUCCAGGUGCUUUUGACUACCUUUGAAUACAUUAUCAAGGAUCGACCGAUUUUGAGCAAGAUCAAGUGGCUUCACAUGAUCAUUGAUGAAGGUCACCGUAUGAAGAACACCAAUUCCAAACUGACGUUAGUCUUGCGUCAGUAUUAUCACUCCAGAUAUCGCUUGAUUCUCACUGGUACACCUUUGCAGAACAAUCUGCCAGAGUUGUGGGCGCUCUUGAAUUUCAUUCUUCCAAAGAUUUUCCAGAGUGUGAAAAGCUUUGAAGAAUGGUUUAAUACGCCUUUCAAUAAUCAGGGGGUACAGGACCGAAUCGAACUGAACGAAGAAGAGCAGCUGCUGAUUAUCAAGCGUCUGCAUAAAGUGCUGCGUCCCUUCUUAUUGCGUCGCCUAAAGAAGGACGUGGAAGCCGAACUUCCCGAUAAAGUCGAACGCGUCAUCAAAUGCAGGUUGUCGGCAUUGCAGGCCAAGCUAUACUCGCAAAUGAAAAAAAAUCGACAGUUCUACACCGGAGCCAAAGGGAAAACGGGGAUCCGCGGAUUGAACAAUAAGAUCAUGCAGCUGCGAAAGAUCUGCAACCAUCCCUUUGUGUUUGAGGAAGUGGAAAACGCUGUGAAUCCAUCGCACCAGUCCAACAACUUACUUUACCGAACCUCUGGAAAGUUUGAAUUAUUGGAUCGUAUAUUACCCAAACUACAGCAGACAGGUCACAGGGUGUUGAUCUUUUUCCAAAUGACGCAAAUCAUGACGAUCAUGGAAGAUUUUAUGGUUUACAGAGGUUAUAACUAUUUACGACUCGACGGAUCCACCAAGUCGGAUGAUCGUUCACAAUUGCUGCAAAUGUUCAAUGCUCCGGAUUCUCCCUAUUUUGCGUUUUUACUCAGUACACGUGCCGGUGGCCUUGGCCUGAACUUACAAUCAGCCGAUACCGUGAUCAUUUUUGAUUCGGAUUGGAACCCGCAUCAGGAUUUGCAAGCGCAGGAUCGUGCUCAUCGUAUUGGUCAGACCAAAGAAGUGCGCAUUUUCCGUCUGAUCUCGACCAAUUCCAUUGAAGAAAACAUUCUGGCCCGCGCCAACUACAAGUUGGACAUUGAUGGCAAAGUCAUCCAGGCUGGUAAAUUCGAUAAUCGAAGUACCGAAGAGGACCGAGAAGCAUUCCUGCGAUCGCUUUUGGAAGAUAAAAAUGAUGAUCAGACCAAUGAUGAGGAUGAAGAUUUGGAUGAUGAAGAGUUAAACGAGAUGCUGAAACGAAACGAAUCAGAAAUUGAAGUGUUCAACAGGAUUGAUGCCGAACGUGAACGACGCGAUACGGAAGAAUGGCGGCGCAGCGGUGGUCGAGGUAAAAAACCGGAGCGAUUGAUUCAAGAAGAUGAGCUUCCAGAAGAGUUGCGACACGAUGAAGUCGUGGAAGAAAGUGAAGGAUCACCGAUGGAGCUCGGUCGUGGUCAACGUGUGAGAGAUCACGUACGGUACGAUGAUGGCUUGACAGAAGAUCAAUGGCUUAAUGCGUUGGAACAAGACACUGUUGAUUUGGAUGAAGUCAUUGCACAAAAGGAGGCGAGACGUUUGAGACGGUUAAAUAAGCGACGCGAAGCCAAUGGAAACAAAGGCACCACCACCGUGUUGGACAUAUCGGAGCGUGCAAGUCGACGACGUCGUGCUACCAAGACGCCGGUGUAUGAAGAAGAUGAUCACGAAGGAUCGGAAGACGAUGAUACAGAAGAGCCACCACAGGAAAUCUUGCCACGAAAGAGAGGACGACCGAGAAAAGCAGAAUCAACGUGGGGAACCACAAAGGGAACUACGAUCGAUGAUUGAUUCACGUCUUUUCCCAAUUUGGCAGUGGAACACACGGCAUCUGUAUAUGGUAAGAUCUGCAGACGAUCAUCCGCAGCCCGGUUUUGAUCAACUUACUGAGAGAGAGAACAGAGAGGGUCUAGGCGGACAUGAAUGAAUCGAUUUCAGAUACGCAGUAUGCAUGAACGGGUGAAAUGAUGAAAAAAGGCGAGAACCCCAAGGCCGGGGUCUUUUUGUGUGUGGAAAAGGUGGUUUGUGGGUUGUUAGGAUAGUGAAAGCAAGGAGAAAAUGUGGGAUGAAUGAGUUUACAAGGAAAGUUUACUUUAUUAUUUUGACGCUAGAAAGGUGGAAACGUUUAGGAUAUUUGUCGGUACUAACUAAAUAGGAUUUAGUACGGAGGAUCGUUUAUUGCUUUGGUAAACUCCCAACGUUUUGUGGGUCACCG